GCCUUAUUGUUAUUUAUUAGUUUAAGGGUUCGCCGUCAACUAUAAGGCUAGGGUGCUGCCAUUAGUGCAACCUGCAUUCCCGAAUUGUGGUGUCUGUGAUGGCGGCGACAACAACCAAAAACAUAUUGAAAGAAACGGUGCAGCGAUAUGAAGAAGACGCAAGCGACGAUAAGAGCUUCGAGGAGCUCGGUGUGGACGCUCGUCUCAUUCGUGCCUUGCUCAAGAAAGGAAUCGACAAGCCCACACCAAUUCAGAGAGUCGCUAUUCCACUCAUUCUGGAAGGUAAGGAUGUGGUUGCUCGUGCGAAGACAGGUUCUGGGAAGACGUUUGCUUACCUUCUCCCCAUGCUACAGAAACUAUUCGCUAAUGUUGAUCACAAGAAGCAGGCACCCAAUGCUUUUGUUCUUGUUCCGACUCGCGAGCUGUGUCAACAGGUCUACACAGAGGUUGUGUCACUCAUUGAGUUAUGCCGAGUUCAACUGAAAGUCGCCCAAUUGAAUAGCAAUAUGCAAGCUUCUGAUCUGCGUGCAGCUCUGACUGGACCUCCUGAUAUUUUGAUAUCCACACCUGCUUGCCUAGCAAAGUGCUUGUUUGAUGGUGUACUUCAACCAGCUUCCAUUAAUGCUACGCUUGAAACUCUAAUUCUUGAUGAGGCAGAUCUUCUAUUAUCAUAUGGAUAUGAAAAUGAUAUAAAAUCUUUUACGCCUCAUGUACCCAGAAGUUGCCAGUGUCUUCUUAUGUCCGCAACAUCAAGUACUGAUGUUGACAAACUAAAGAAGUUGAUUCUACACAAUCCAUUCAUUUUGACUUUGCCUGAAGUGGGAAAUAAUAAGGAUGACGUCAUCCCAAAAAAUGUUCAGCAGUUCUGGAUCUUGUGCCCUGCCAAUGAUAAAUUGCUCUACACCCUUGCUGUUUUGAAGUUGGAGUUAGUGCAAAAGAAAGUUCUGAUAUUCACUAAUGACAUAGACAUGAGUUUCAGAUUGAAAUUGUUCCUAGAAAAGUUUGGGAUUAAGUCUGCUGUUUUAAAUGCUGAGUUGCCACAGAAUUCCCGACUUCAUAUUCUUGAGGAGUUCAAUGCUGGUCUGUUUGAUUAUCUUAUUGCAACUGAUGUCAGUCAGUCGAAGGAGAAGGAUGAAGCACCUAAAGAAGGCAAAGGAUCACGAAAGUCUAGGAAACAUAAACUUAAACUCGAUUCUGAAUUUGGAGUAGUAAGGGGAAUUGAUUUCAAAAAUGUAUUCACGGUUAUAAACUUUGAUAUGCCUCAAAGUGUUGCAGGAUAUGUACAUCGAAUUGGACGUACAGGAAGAGCAUAUAGUUCUGGUGCUUCUAUUUCUCUGGUUUCAACAGAUGAGAUGGAAACAUUGGAAGAAGUAAAAGCUUUUGUUGGUGAUGAUGAAAACAAGGGCUCAAACACAAUUGUGGAGUUUCCUUUCCUCACCAAGAAUGCAGUUGAAUCUUUGCGGUAUAGGGCUGAGGUGAUUUAUCAUUUCCUAUUUUCCUUUACUCUUGAAGAAAAAACUUGUAAACAACCAUAGCAAUUCAUUAAUGCUUCAAGUAGUUAGUCUUUGAGUGACAUGAUAUAUUUUCUACUUCAUUUUGAUUUAAAAU